ACGGCGCUGGCUCCGACGGCUUCCUGCGCGAGUCCGGCCUUCGCUGCAGGCAGCGGAUGGAUGUGCGCGCAGUGGGGCAUUAUGGCCCUGCUCGCUGCCUUUGCCGCCGCGCUCGCCCUCGCUACAGCUGCGGACCCGACGCUGGCUCUCCAGACGGCAGGAUGCCCACCUCCAACGCAGAACUGCACCGGGGAGCCUCUUUGUGGCUCAGAUGGGCGCACAUACACCACACGUUGCGACUUUGAGCGUUCCCGAUGCGAGGGGAAUUUUGUGGAAAUAAGCCAUGCCGGCCCCUGCACCGAGCCAGCCGCAGGGGUGGCACGGUGCCUGCUCCAGCGCAAGCAGCAGAAGCAGCAGCCAGGCUCAUUCGUCCCAGAGUGCGCGCCGGACGGCGCAUUCCAGCUUGUCCAGUGCCACCAGCUGACGGGAUACUGUUGGUGCGUGGACGCCCAGGGCAGGCCCCUGGUGGGAACCUCGGUUCACCAGCAGAAACCCAACUGCACCACCCGGCGACAGGGGUCGUUCCAGCGCAGGGCGUCUCACCAGGCACAGGCCAAGACAGGUUGUUCAAGUGUCGAUCGCAGUCGGUUCAACCUGAACUUGGUGGGCAUAUUCCAGAAGGAAUUUGACAGGCUCCCCAAGCCUCCAACUUCCAAUGCCUCAGGACGUGUGCCGGCGGUGCUCAGGUGGAAGUUCUCCGAGCUGGACGUGGACAACGAUGGACACCUGCAGCUGCACGAGGUUCGUGACCUGCGACGUCUGGCACGUCGCAUCGUGGAGCCGCAGGCGUGUGCCCGGGGCCUCGCCCGGUACUGCGACGCCAAUCGGGAUCGGCUUCUGUCGCUCUCCGAGUGGCUACACUGUCUUCAGGGCAGCCCUGUCCGCGUGGACAUGGUUUCCCUGCGCGUGUUCAUGUCGUUGAACUCAGAGGGGGGAAACUCGGAUGCGGCGGCCGUCCUGGCCGGAGCCCUGCGACCAGAGAACCGGCCCACAGAGGACGAGGACAAGGACAGCCAGGAGACACAAGAACCGGGUGGACCCUGGCCUGUAGGUGCCGGGGAGGACUGCGGUGCUGCGCGGCGACAAGCACAGGAGGCGCAGCGGGAUGCACCGCGGAUCUACGUGCCUGAGUGCCAACCAGAUGGCCGUACAUACAUGCCGGCGCAGUGCCAUGGAGGCCUGUGCUGGUGCGUGAGCGUGCGCACCGGGCGACCGCUACGCGGGACAACGUCCACGUCCCGACCCGACUGUGCCACGUUACUCGGUGACACAUUUAAAGGUUGCCCCUUCAGGAAGAAGCAGCUGUUUUUGGCUGCACUUCUGCACAGCUUCGAGAGGGAGCGGGAGCAAGCUGGUACCAGCCCUUCAGGGUCAAAGACCAUGGGAGAUGACGUGCUGCGAUGGAAGUUCUCCGCACUCGACGUCAACCACAAUCAGGUGCUGGAGCGAAAAGAGUGGAAGCAGUUCCGGCGUGGCUGGGCAAGCUUCCUCAAGAACGGUGGCAGGAAAAAGUUACGCAAGUGCUGGCGCAACUUUCUUCGCUUCUGCGAUGAGAACGAUGACAGCCGAAUUAGCCAGGACGAGUGGUUGAAGUGUGGCAAGCCGGUGGCAGAUUCUGCACGGCCCAGCAGUGGGACAAGAAAAGGGCCCAAUCCUUUUUCGACCAUCCUCAUAAGUAGAUGAGGCUAACGAAGUGAAGGAUGCCCUUUGAGUUUGCCCUCAGCUCAUGGUGGGGUUGCCCAGCUGAGACGCAAAGGCCGCGUGCGCUGAACUGCGUGAUGUUUCUGCUCAUCAGUCCUUCGAUCGACAACCCUCGUACUAGACGGGGGUCGCACAUUAAUUGGGAGUUGUCGUAAGGCCACCGGAAGUGAAAGUUCCCAGCAUUUGUUGUUUUCUGUGCUCGUGCGGUGACAUACGUGCCAAUGCUGAGCAUGGAGCACUUUGUGUGGAAUAUGCUGAAGUGUUUCGGAGCCGUGGCUCGCAUAGUGAUUAUUCUCCAAUUCCAUUCUUUAUGCUUUGCAUGCUAUCCUGCGCUGUAGUUAUUGUCCUGGUGAACUAUUUGGCCCAACAGGUCAUAAAGAAGGAAUGGGAACGAAGGACGAGAAUCACUUGAUAAUUUCAUAAUCUUUUUUUUGUGUGUGUUCUUCUUCUUAGAGUUUUUUCCAGCUAUAAGUGGGUUCGAUUUUGCUUUCUUGAAGGCUGGUGCCUGUGUGAUGUCACAUUCCCAGAGCCCAGAACAAUGUGCAUGCAAAAUUUGCGCAGUCCUUUUUAGUUCAUUUUAAAAAGCCUUGUGCCUUUUCUAAAAGCAGACGUUUCCAUUCAUAUUUCCUGGUGCCAUCGAAGUUUCCACAUCUGCACAAUUUCUGCACGCUUGUUCAUGUUAUGCAGCUUUUAGUAAUGUUUGAGCCCCAUUGUAAAGAAAUCCUGACCUAGUUAUUGCUUGUUGUGUGCAUAAUCUUGUUAUACGACUCAUAAUGAGUAGUCAUUGUUUUAAAGAAAAAUAUUGAAUCAAAGUUUUAGUACCUGCACACAUUAUCCAUUCGAUGUCAUUAUCAUUUGUGCCAUUGUAUUAACCAGAACGAGCCAACCAAUUCCAUUAUGCAAAUUCUUUGGUGCAUGAACUGUCAACAUGAUACUGCUGUUAUGAUGUUUCUCAUGUACUUACUCAGUGGUAGAGAGCAUGUCAUCUUUGCCACCAUUUCAGCACGAUCACUGUUUUGUUACUGCAUACAUGUUUAUCGCAGGCCUUUUAACGUGUCCAUCUAUCGACAUUGACCGAAGUCAGAGCUUGCAGUAGUUGCUGAAGAGAUGUAUCAAUGAAAGCGAGUAUUUUAGGCUCGUUUGCCUUUUGCAAUGCAUUAGCGCAUUGUUUGACUAGACCAAUUUUGCUCAAACUACAGGUUUCAGUCCUGUUAAAGAGAUUCAACAUGCCAUCAUGCUGCAUGUCAUGCCUGUUGCAAACUGUGCUCCAACAAUAUCGCAUCGCAAACGUUCAGCCAUAAACGUUUGAGCCAUUCGGUGAUCUGAAACAAGAGUGAAUAGUGUAUCUGUCUGCAUUCUUAAAUCUUGAAUGAAGAAGGCAUCCAAAUUUUGGCCUUAUUCACAAAAGGUUUGAUUAUGUAAAAAAGCUGAUUUUAGCUGUGAGUCUAGGCACAUAAUUUUUUUAUUUUUUGCUUAAGGUGUCUUUGAACCCAUUCCAUUCGCCGUGACUAUAAGUUGUCGAGUAAAAUUAAAGCAGCGAUCUUCUUUGCUUACUUGUUUGUGGACUCAAACUCAUGAAACUGUAAAAGCUUGGGGAGGGAAGAACUGGGGUUGUUGACGCAAUGCAGUGAAGCCAUUCUUCUGCUGGGUUCAUUGUAGGCAGCAUGCAAAAGGAUGGGGACGACUAAGGAAGAGCACAGGAUAAGUGCUGACCUGCGCUCGCCUUGCCUUAGGACUUGUCCUGUGUUCUUCCUUAGCAGUGAAAUGAAGCUUUGCAUUACUGACUAUUCACCCAACAUGCAUUACAAUCAAGAUGUUUUUUAGGUUGCUCCACAGACUCAAAGUGUCUUGCUUUUAUCAUGUCUAGUGAUGUUCAGUGGCAAACAUUUUAUUUCCUUUUCAAGCAGCUUUAUCGUUUCUCAGAUCUCUUAUACAAAUGUUGAGCGCUUGGAUAGGGGAGAACAGCACUUUUGCCUCCAUGUUUGAAAUUUACCAUCGUGAACAAAACGAACCAUGAAGAGGAAAAACUCCGCCGACGUUGGCAGAAUCGGAAACUUGUUUUCAACUUCGAGAACUGUGCAAUGCAAUUGACUUGAAUGUUGGCGUACCCUACGACUUGCUUUGUAAUUGUAGCCCUGGCAAAAUGAAUUGCAGCAUUUUUAUACAGUGUUUCAAUGAAGCUGCCAUAUUUAUUCAUACAAGACUCGCCUUCACGUUAAACUCGCACCCUGAAUUUGGAGCUCAGAAAUUCUGAAGAACAAAUAAAAAUGUUUUGCCAAAGGGUAGUUACACUAUUGCCUGCAUCAGAACAGAUUGUGUUUCAUGAUGGUGGUCACAAAAAUAGUAUGUCAGCAUUGAUUGUAACAUGUGCGCCCACUGGUUUUGUAUAACAACCACAUGGCUUGCAAUGGGUGUUGGGAGAUAGAUGCAUGUAGGCCUGACCCAUGUAAGACCCUGUCAAGACUUCUGAUGUGUGUGUCCUGCAUGAGGGAAUAUGGUCUGCCUGUGUUUAAACUGUCCUGUCCACAGUUCAUUUGUCCAUGAAAGUACUCUUUCUGCUCCACACUGACAUUAUUUUUUUCAAAGGUCCCAUGGCCGACCUUUCAAACACCCUCUUGGACCAAUGCACAAGUUGUGAGCUCAUCUGUGGAAGAAUGUAUACUCAGCUUUGUCAACUCUUGUUUUGCCAUGGUUGGUUAUAGCAUUGUAGAAAUGAGCGCUGGCUGCCUCAGACUCAUGGUUCGCACGACAUUGUGUACUGUGAUUUCAUUCAUAAAAAAGUAGUUAGAUGCGAGACAUCAGACGUAAGGUCACCAGUAACACUUUGUUCAGCCACUCUCUAAUGUGAUGUAUGGCUGAAAAGGUUGUAAUAAAGGUAUUCACUGAGAGUCGA